GUAAGAAAAGUGCAUCAUAUUUUCUCAAGAUGUCAGAUAUUUAUGCCAAACCUGAUGUAUCAAAGAAGGUGAGAUUCAACAGAAAGUUGCAGGAGGACAAAGGACAGUGGGAGGAAAGGGAAGUGGAUAUCUACGAGAGCGCAGACGCUGUGGGAGACGAUCACACUGAUAAUCGGUCACAAGAAAGUGGAUCACGCUCUGAGAAGCAGCCUGCAGACACCCAGAGGAGGAUUUACAGACCAGCUACUUUCUGUCUAGGAGUGCUGUGCAUUCUGAUAAUAGCUGGCAUCAUCACCCUAUCCAUAAACUUCACUUUGGAGAAAGAGGAGCUGAAAGCCAGGUACAACAGUCUGAACAACAACUACAGCCAGCUCCUCGAGCAAGUUUCAGAGUUAUUAGUCAACAACAGUGAGUUACAGGAUGAAGUGAAGCAGCUUAGGGCCAACAUUGAAGGGAAGCUGUGUCCUGAAGGGUGGAAGAGAUUUGGAUGCAGGUGCUACUUUAAAUCUGAUGAAGAGGAAACAUGGUCUGAUAGCAGAGCUGACUGUCAGAGGAGAGCAGCAGAUCUGGUGGUCAUCAACAACAAAGAGGAACAGAAGUUUCUCACUGAGCUGAAUGUGCCUGGAGAGUUCUGGAUUGGUCUGAAGGCCACAAAGGGAAAAUAUACACUGACAGGAUGGGGGUACAAAUGGGAAUGGGUCGAUGGAUCACCGCUGACAGAAAUGUUUCAGGAAUCAGGGCUACCACAAUAUGUCUCCUACCAAUACCAUGCAUACUGCAAUCAACAAGGACAAUGGAAACAAAGCAUGAAAUAUUAUAAUUAUUAUGCGAAGUGGAUCUGUGAGAAAUACAUUUCCUGAAUGGUUUGAUGAAGGUGGGUGGUGUUUGGAUCAGCUUUGUCAAAUCAGACCUGUUGACAUUAAACAUUUGCUCAGUUUUUUGUUCUGUUUUGCAUGCUAAAUGACCUUGAAUACCCACUGGAGAGAUACAUUAAAUACAUAGAAAUUGUUUCUCUGAACUUCA